AUGUCUGUCCUCGGCGCCGAGCAGGUUACCACACUUUGUGAAGAUGUCAGCGUGGUGAGCGCGACUGUCAAUAUGGCUUGUCAAUAUCUCCCUCUGCUUCUGGGGUGCCUUCUCUCAACCCCAUUGACAAGUUGUGCGGUGGUGGCUCGACAGGCCACCGUGCCUACGGUGCAGAUCAAGAAUGGAACCUAUGAAGGAGCCCAUCACGAAAAUUACAAUCAAGAUUUCUUCUUGGGAAUGCCCUACGCGCAGCCGCCCGUGGAAGAUCUUCGAUUAAGGAACCCACAACCAUUGAACACCACCUGGACGGAACCCCGGAAUGCGACCCAGUAUUCCCUUGCUUGUUACGGCUAUGGCGGUGAUGACUGGGUUUUGGGAAAUCCCGUGAGCGAGGACUGCUUGACCAUCAACGUUGUUCGCCCCGCAGGCGUGGAUGCUGGCGCGCAGCUCCCCGUCGGUGUCUGGAUCCACGGUGGUGGAGGAUUCAUGGGAAGCAGCCUCGAUCCCCGGUACAAUUUGAGCUUCAUCGUUCAGCAGUCAGUUGAUAUGGGGAAGCCGUUCAUCGGUGUCAGCCUCAACUACCGUCUUCAUGCCUUUGGCUAUCUCUUCGGCACUGCUGUUCUCGAGGCGGGGAUCGCCAACUUGGGCUACAAAGAUCAGCGGUUGGCGUUGCACUGGGUCCAAGAGAACAUUGGCGCUUUCGGCGGCGACCCGAAAAAGGUGACCAUCUGGGGUGAGAGCGCCGGAGCCUUCAGUGUCGGGGUUCAAUUGCUUGCGUACGGAGGACGGGACGACGGGCUCUUUCGAAGCGCCAUCCAAGAAAGCGGAGCCAUGGUGAGCUCAGGUCCGUAUGGGAAUGCCUCGGCCUGGGAUGUCUACUACAACAACAUUACUCGAGCCACCAAUUGCAGUGGAGCCUCUGAUACCCUGGCAUGCCUUCGCACGGUCCCCGUCGACGUUCUGAGUGCCGUGUUCAACAGCAGUGUCACCGCCCAAGUCCCGUAUUGGGGACAACAGAUUGACGGAGAUCUGAUCCAAUAUUCGGGGGCCCAGCAUCUGUUGAACGGCGCCGUGGUCCCCGUCCCCUUGCUCCAUGGUGCCAACUUCGACGAAGGAACCGCAUUUGGUGUCCCGGGAAUCAACACAACAGACCAGUUCAUCGCCAGCGUGAUGACACGUGGGCCGGACAAUGCCACCGCUCAGACCAUCGGCGCCCUGUACCCAGACAUCCCCGCGAUUGGCAUACCUGCUACGUUAGUUGGUCGUCCAUCCGGCUUGUUUGCAUCCUUGGGGGCGCAGUGGAAGCGAUCAGCAGCAUUUGGUGGUGAUUACCUGAUGCAUGCCCCUCGCCGAGCGACCUCUCAUGCUUGGGCCAAAAACAAUCUCACGUCCUGGAGCUACAACUUCAACGUUCGCGUGAACGGGGUACCCCCCGAGGUCGGCGCGACGCACUUUCAAGAGGUUGCAUUUGUGUUCCACAAUACCGAAGGGAUAGGCUAUCAGAACGUCGUCGCGAAGAACCCGUUUGAAGGCCAGCCCGAAACCUUUUUCCAGCUGGCCGAUAUCAUGUCGCGCAUGUGGAUCAGCUUCAUCGUCGACACCAAUCCUAACUAUAGCAAUGAAACGAGCAUUCAGUGGCCAAAGUACACUCUCGACGAUCAGCAAAACUUGGUGUUUGAUGUGAAUGCGACCGAUCUGGUCUAUGUUCAGCCAGAUUACUACCGGGCUGAAGGGAUGCAGUACAUCAUUGACCGCUUGGCCACCGUUUUCGGUCGGUGA